CUCUCCUCCCGUAAGUCCAGUUUCAGCGUCUCAGCUGUCGACAGAGGUUGUUGAUCGGCAGAAGAGCAGACAGAGGAAGAAAACCUCCGCUUUCCUUCCUCUUCGUAUCUUCUUAUUCUUUGCUGUUGAUUCUUCAUCUCUGCAGCAGAGAUGCUAGAAAGCUCUCCCGACUCUUCCGCCCCAACAACCACCGUCAAGCGAUACGCUCCUCCGAAUCAAAGGAACCGUGUUCUCAGCAGACGCAAGUCUGGAGAACAAUGCGGAGAUGUUGUAGAAGCAAAAAAGUUUCCAGAUCGAUUUGAAAGAACAAACAGCAGUUACACCAACGAAGGAGAUAAGAGUCAAUCUUCUUCAAGAAACAUCCCUAUUUUAGAACGUGGGGAGGCAGGUAGCAGCAAUCAUCUGAAUGAGAUCCUUCGCCCAGGGUUAAUAUCCAUAAGUGGGUGUUGUAGUAGUGAGGCUGCUCAGCUUCUGAAUGACCGUUGGGCAGCAGCUAUGCACUCCUAUAAUGAUCCAUCAAUAGACCUAUCCGAACGACCGGUAAUAUACUCAGGAAGUAAUGCACCAGCAUGGGGACCUUUGAGACUUCCUCAUCAGGUGAUGGCUCACCAGAUGGAUUUUGUGGCAGAGCUUAGACGUGCAAUACGUACUGCAAAUUCCAAGGCUGAUGCCUAAAAUCCUCGGUGCAACUUCCUAGGAGUAAUGUUUUGGUUCUGAACUUGUAUAUCAGAUUUAAGCCAAUGCUUAGAAGUGCCUUCUUGGUUUAUUAAACUAAGAUGCUGCUUAUCAUUUAGACCAUACAUUAUUUGUAUUACAGAAGCAGUGAGAACCACUAGACACAUGCAAGAAUCAUUUCUUAUCUGUUUUUGUUUUUCUUCACAAAGCUCUCUAUUGUGGAUCCUGGCAAUGGAUGGAUGGAAGAAGAAAACAGAGUGGUGCAAUCACUUUUAGAAAAUAUACUAAGACAAAAAAAUUAAGAGUCAA